AUGGGUAUUGGAGGAAUCAUAAUUUCUCCAGAUAGAAUUCUAGCAGAGUUCAAGUAUUCAAUAGAUGGUAUGUGUACCAACAAUGAGGCUGAAUAUGAAGCCUUAAUAACUGGACUUGAACUACUGCUGGAAUUGGGGGCAAGGAAUGUCGAAAUUAUGGGAGAUUCUGAACUGCUUAGGAGAUUCGACUCAGCGAAUAUUCGACUACCCAGGCAAGAAAAUCAAGAAGCUAAUGAUCUAGCGCAAGAAGCGUCAGGAUAUAAGAGAGGCGGCGAUGAAGAGCGUGUUCAGGUAAGAGAAAAAGUUCGAGCAACUGUGCUAUCCCCCUCAGAUUUGUCUGUAAUAAAAUUAGGGGCAGUCGACGCCGAAAAUUUUGAAAUUUUUAUAGUCGAUAAUGGACAAGAAGACGAUUGGCGUAAGCCAUUGGUGGAAUAUUUGCGAAGCCCUACAGGUUCGACGGAUAUGAAGAUCAAGUACAGGGCUCUUAAUUUCAUUUUGUUGGAAAACGAACUAUUCAAGAAAACAUCCGAAGGAGUGCUGCUUAAGUGUCUAGGAGAGAGCGAAGCUUAUCUGGCCGUAUCGAAUGUACACAGCGGGGCCUGUGGUGCGCAUCAAGUUGGCCACAAAAUUAAGUGGACGCUAAUGCGCUCAAGGGUUUAUUGGCCCUCGAUGUUAAAAGAUUGCAUAGAGUUUGCAAAAGGAAGUCAAGAGUGUUAG